UCUACAGACCAAAGCUACAUUGAUUGAGGCCUCUUUACAUUCACCAGUUCUUCAAGAAAGGUCGAAGUCGAACUCGUCAUCCAAUCCAAGGCUGCUCAGCUUCGAUUCCACCCUCACGCGGCGGCCAUUUUAUCUCAAGUUCUGAUCUUGUAAAGAUUUUAAAUUUUUUCACUGCACGCUGGAGCUUAAACUCUGUUUCUGAGUUAUGUUAAGUUUGAGAUCUUGUUGUAUGGGCUAAAUCCUUGAAACCCUUUUGGUGAAGAUGCUAUGUGAAGAGGAUCAAAAGAAGAGAAACAGCUGAGAGGGAAACAAAAAUGGUGAAGGCCAUAUCCAAUCCUCACAACAGGGAGAUGGCCAUCAGGAGGAGGAUCUCAAGCAUAUAUAAUAAACGAGAAGAUGAUUUUCCGUCAUUGAGAGAAUACAAUGAUUACUUGGAGGAAGUGGAGGAUAUGAUAUUUAACUUGAUUGAAGGAGUAGAUGUACAAGCUAUUGAAGAAAAAAUUCAACAAUACCAAAAAGAAAAUGCUGAACAAAUAAUGAUCAAUCAAGCUCGAAAGGCAGAAGAAUUAGCUGCAGCUCUGGCAGCAAGCAAAGGAAAUCCUGCACAGAAUGAUAACGAUGUGGCCCCAGGUGAGAAUUCUCAGGCAAGCAUUGGUGUUGGAACACACGGACAAUAUGCCCCUACACUGGCUGGAGGGCAGCCACGACCACAACCAGUACCGCUUCCAGGAGGCCUGGACAUUCAUGGUUAUUCUUUCGAUGAUGAGGAAAUGAUGAAGCUUCGAGCAGAGAGGGGUGGAAAGGCAGGAGGAUGGAGUAUAGAACUAAGCAAGAAAAGGGCUCUGGAGGAAGCCUUUUCAAGCAUUUGGAUUUAAUUUCUCGGUGCCACUACCCUUAUGUUGUGAAGGCAUCAGAAUUGAUUUCUCAAGCACCAUUCUCUUGCUGUCUUCAUCAGAUUUUGACAUGUGAGCCGAAACUAGUUAUAAGCAUUUCAAGUGACAGAUUUCACAUGUAAUUGGGGUGAAAGAACUGAUACAACAUUUAGGACAGUAACAUAGAGAUAAUUUUGCCUUCCAUUGGUAUUUAAAAGCAUAACAAUGGCAUUGUGAGAGAUAAGGUGGAUUCGAUUUAAGCUAUUCGAGUUUGGAUUAAUACUCAAUUUGAACGAGUUGAGUUUACACA